UUGUUCGCUGCCAGUACGUAACAUUGUACAUAUAGAGAGUUAGCGUAAAUUAAGAGCUCAAUAUGCCGGAGGCGUUUAAGGCAGCAAGCAACUAAGCGGUAAAACACACGGCCACCAGUCAGUCAGUCACACCUAAGGUAGUUCGAGUACGGCGAUCGCUUGUGAUCCGUAGCAAAUCACCAACUAAGUAACUAACCGCAGCAGUAGUUGAUGGGCGACGGAGCCAGUGAGUGAGUGAAUGAAUGAUUGAGCGGUCGACAAACAAGCGUAAAUAACCGCGCGUACACACAUCAAAUCCAAAUCACGAAUUUUUAGCGACAAAGUGAAAGAUGUUAUAAUAAAAUAAUGCCUCAAUCGCAUAAAUAAGAAAACAACAACAAUAACAGCAAAUACGCAAAGAAAAUAAUUUAAAAUAAAAAGAGAAUUAAUGAAAAAAACCAACAAAUAAAUAAACAAAUAAAAGAUGCACAGAAAUAUUGUAUAAAGCCAUUGUUUGUGUGUGAGAUAUCGAAAUAAAACACAGCUUGUUUCUUUUGUCAUUGUUGUUUUUGUUUAGUUGACAGCAAAAGCGGCAGCAGCAGCAACAACAACAACAACAAAUGAAAUUAUUAUGCAUUUGUGAAGAAGAUCAGCCACAAUUACGAAAAGAAAAAAUUACAUAAAUAAAAAUAAUAAUACAAGUGGACAAAAACGCCAAACGCCAAGCGUUUCAAGCCACUAGCGACCAACAAAGUUCAAGAGUAAAAACAAAAAAUCCCCACAACAACAAUAAACGAACAACGACCAUCACGAACGUACCGAGGCGAAAAAGGAAGUUUCGAACAAAAUUACCGUUCCAUUCAUUUCAAAUAUGGCCACAUUCAAUAUGCAAUUCAUGCUUUUCAUCUGUGUCACCUGCGUUGCGGUGACUUUAACCGAAGUCCAGGCAGCUACGGAAUACAACCGUUACUUAGCACAUCUUUUCCAAAAAUACGGCAAUGGUGGCACAAUGUCUUUUGAGGGUCUGGAACAUUUAAUGUAUAACCUGGGCUUAGGACACUUAGAAUUUGAACCAUCGCACACUGUUGACGAGCAUAAAACAAAGUCAUCGAAUAAUGCCAACGAAGACGCUAUCAAGUCAUAUAUGGAUUUACAAACUAAAAAAUUGGGCUCAGAUGACGAUGGAGAUGAAACGCAGUUGGCUCCAGAACAGAGAACUAAGAAUCAAAAAGCAAACAGAUCUCACGAGUAUCAUCAUGAUGAUAAGGAAGACACCCAGCACCAAUCUGUAGAUAGUCCUAUCAUUGUUGAAUUCAAAGAGAUGCACGACCCCAAACAUAGACAUCCUCGUGAAAAUGAUGCUACUUUUGACGGACCACCCUUGCAUGCCGAUGUCUGUUUGUCGCCAAAAUCCCUGUUGCGUUUGGUUGUCGAUCAUGACGAUUUGCAUAAACGCAAACUGCAGCUAUACAAAACGUAUUCAUCAUCAUCCGAAAAAGUUGAGACUAGCCACGCCGACCAUGAUUUAGAGGAAGAAUUUAACCAUUACGUCAAUUAUGUCAAACUAACACCGUUGACUUUUAUGAAGCUAUGUCCAGCUCUAUUGGCUCAAAUAGACCAGCAAGUUUGCAUGCAACCAGCUCCAUUAAGACAUGUGGAGGAUACCAACGAAAUGAUAUGGAAUGCUUGGAUUUAUGCCAGUGCUUCAAUAUUCAUACUAUCAGCUUGUGGACUCUUGGGAAUACUAUUGGUCCCACUUAUGAAGACAGUAGCUUACCAAGAAAUACUCAACUUUUUAAUUGCCGUUGCAGUUGGUACCCUCUCUGGAGAUGCACUUAUGCAUCUGUUACCUCAUGCACUAGUUAACGAGCAUGCAGCUGCGUCGCCUACAUCUUCUCACGAUCACGAUCAUGACGAAAAGGAACACGAAUCAUCAUCCCAUUCCCACGAUACAACCGCUGUAUGGAUAUGCGCUUGUGCAUUUUUCACUGCAGUAUUUAUGUAUAUCAUAGAGAAUCUCUUACCUCUAUUGAGAGGCAAUGCCGAUCAAGGAUCUCAUGGUCAUGGACAUGGGCACAGUCAUAACCAUCAUCAUGGACACAGUCAUAACCACAGUCAUACAAAUAAUAACAUUAGCAAAGAAAUUUUAGCAUCCAAUAAUUCCACAGCUACAGAGAAUAAUGGAGAAGUGUCAGUUCCUGAAUUAAAAGAUGUUCGAGAAUUAAAUGUGAUGUUAAAUGAGGCAAAAUUGGACGCAAAGAAGCCAUCGAGACCUCUUACACCGGUGGCUUUCAUGGUCAUUAUCGGCGAUGGUUUACACAAUUUAACUGAUGGUUUGGCCAUUGGUGCCGCCUUUGCCUCAGCACCAGUCACAGGUCUGGCCACUGCUUUUGCCGUCCUAUGUCAUGAACUUCCUCACGAAUUGGGUGAUUUUGCACUGUUACUUCAGACUGGCGUUUCAAUACGCAGAGCAAUUUACUUGAACAUUGUCAGCUCCGUCCUAAGUUUUGUUGGCAUGGCCAUAGGUCUAUUAAUAGCUGGUCUGCAUAGUAGUAUGACACAGUGGAUAUACGCAGGAACCGCCGGAUCCUUUCUCUAUAUAGCUCUGGCAGAUCUAGUGCCAGCAAUGGCUGCGGAAAGCAAAAAUAAAUUAAAAACAUCACUGAUACAAGUCAUUGGCGUAUUAGUAGGGGGUUUUAUAAUGCUGGCCAUAGCCAUAAAUGAGGAUCAAUUAGAAAAACUAUUCAAAUAGUUUUGAUUAUUUUAAACGGGAAUUACUUUUGCAAAGUUAAGCCUAUUGCCAAGUGCCAAGUAUUAAAUAUAUAAAUAUGUGUAAAUCUCGUAUUGGUUAAGUUAGUUGUGUAUUUGUGUAGCUUUAAGUUUUACGAAUUUCUAAUUGUAUGUCUAUUUAAAAUAAUAAAAGAUGAAAAAAAUAAAAGUA